AUAGGCAUAGUGAUUUAGUUUUGCAAGUAUAAUUAAGUAAUCAUUAUGCCUCAUUUCAUUACGUAUUUCCUACUGUUUUCUACUCUUGCCAUUUCUUGCUCUUGCUUCAACACCAAGAACCUCAACAUUUCCCAAUCGGAUCCCGACUGGUCCCCUGCCGGCGCGACAGUGUAUGGUGACCGCAAUGGUGCCGGAAGUACUGGUGGAGCAUGUGGAUACACAAACAGUGUAGCGCAGCCACCAUUCUCUUCCUUUGUAUCAGCUGGUGGUUCUUCUCUUUUCAAAUCUGGGAAAGGAUGUGGAGCUUGUUAUGAGGUAAAGUGUACUGAAAAUGCAGCAUGCUCGGGAAAUCCGGUCACCGUGGUUAUAACAGAUGAGUGUCCGGGCAGCGACUGUGGAUCACAACCAGUUCAUUUUGAUAUGAGUGACACUGCUUUUGUAGCCUUGGCAAUUCCAGGCAAUGCCGAUCAGCUCCGAACCGCCGGAGUACUCAACGUCCUAUAUCGAAGAGUUGAAUGCAACUAUCCGGGAGUACCACUGAGCUUUGGCGUGCGUUCUGGUUCGAGCCCCUACUAUUUUGAAACUCUGAUUGAAUACGUAAGUGGCAGCGGGGCCCUCAGCGCUGUAGAACUGAAGCAAGCUUCGGCCUCACCAGAUUCAUGGCUUUCCAUGCAGCAGUCUUGGGGUGCAGUGUGGAAGCUUGAAGACCGCUCCGGACUAACAGCGCCAUUCUCCCUCAAACUCAUCGACGAGUCUGGCAAUACUCUCGUCGCCGACAACGUCAUUCCGGCCAAUUGGCAGCCCGGAACUACCUAUCAAUCUGCCGUCACUCCUUUUGCUUAAGGAAUUGAAGCUAGGCGAUGGACUAAUAAUUACAAAAUUAAAUACAAAAAUCUAAUGUACCAUCCACCACCAUAAUGUACUCGAUCGAUCAGCUACAUAAAUGUCAGUUUUUGUGGCUGACGGUAGAUUUAACUAUAAUGUUCGUAACUAAUAAGUUGUUUUACGAUUUCAAAUGAUCAAUAAACUAUAUUUAUUAUCACA